GCACUGGCGGUAAGCACUGACAUGUUUGUGCGGGACCAGACUGUAAGUGGAGAAGAAAUUUUACUCAAUAUUGUAAUUACUUAUUAAUUACAAACGGUUUUGCAGCAACGUUUACCUAUAGAAAAUUAAGGAAUCUCCCGAUAGUCGUUAGUUUACUGUAACUGGUUACCGCGGGAUGUUAGCAAACACCAGUCCUUGUGUAAUACCAAGACUGCUAACCGACUUGUUGGGUAACGUCGGGCACGUUUGUUUUGCUCCAAAUGUCACAGAAAGACGACAGUGAAAGUGACAUCUGGGAGUAUAAACCUCUUGAGAAGAAAAAGAGGAGACGUGGAUCGCCGAAUGCAACUGUGACUAAAAGAAGAUGCACCGUCAGGAAAACAUCCAAAAAGAUCCCAGUCAAGUCACCUGACAAGAAAAUCAAAGCAGCUGAAAGUGGAGAUUGUACCUCAGUUGAUCAUACACACGACUACGGUUGCUCGGAGGUACAUAAUUUAACCUCAACAUCAUGUCCCGCUGAGGAGACAAGCCAAAGUGACAACGCAGAUGAGGGUCCAUCCUCUGGAGACUUCUGUCCCAUCUGUCAGAUGCCAUUCUUCAUUCUGCUGGUGCAGACUCAACGGUGGCAUGUUGCUGAAUGUCUCGACACUGCCAGGGACACGUGUGAAGAGUGUCCACAUGGCCUUCACUGCUCCUCCACCAUUCCAAACCAUUACAAGAAGUUCAACCACACACUCUUGGCCCACAGUCGAGCGAACGGCGACACAGCCCUCCUCAGCGCGUCCCAGCAGGCGGGGAGCAGCGGGGACUCCUGCCUCAGUCGUCUCCCAGGACUGAUAAACUACGAGGUGGACAGCUGUACUUUGGAGACUUCACAGGACAGCGCUCUCAGUCUCUCUGCCUCCUCCAGCCACAGCGUUUCCCCUCACGAUAUUCACACUGGAACACCUCAGUCGAAAUUAGCAAAUGGCCUUCUGUUACUGCGCUCUCCUGGCCCAGAGGAUUUUAAGAAAAAGAAAGGCUGGCUGUCCUCAACUAAAGGCCAAAAGUCAGUCUCCUCUUCUCAAGAAAGUAAGAAAGAGCUUUCAUCCACUCCUGCCAAGGAAGACAAUGUAAGCAUCACCAAAAGUGAACCUUCCCCUGACAACGAUGAUGCAAUAUCCUACUCUCCUAUUUCGGAGUUGCCUGCAGAAACUGAAGUCAAUAAUAAUGACUGUAGAAAAGCUCUUUUUAAUAAUGAUGCAUUAGAAAAUGAGAAUGAAGACUCAAUGACACUGUUCAGUGACAGCUUCUCAAGUGACGAUGAGCUCCUCGCUGAAUUUAUAGAUAAUAACUUGGAAUCCGAUAAUAAGCCCGUAAAUGAUCCGUCCUCUUCAAACUCCCAGCUGGGUUCAAUUUCCUCAUUAGCACCCGCUAAUCAGUUAGCUGCCUCCACAGUCGCUGAAAGCAGAGUUGAUUCCUCCGGAGCGAAAGCAGCUCACAGUCAAUCUAAUGAAAUCAGCAAGACUAGCCUUCAGUCGCCGCAGAGUAUUGUUUUAGAGCGCCUCAGGGAGACUCUCCUAAGCUCGGAUAACCUACAUUUCCAAAACUUAAACAACAGCAGUGUUCGAACAGAGCACACAGCUUCUCCUCAACCCACUUCAUCACAAACCUCCGUUAUUCCAAGAUCUCAAACCAUGCCGCCUCAGAGGGGCCACAGCAAGGCGGGUCAGGCCUCCGGUCUCAAGCAGACGGACAUCGGGGUGUUUUUCGGCCUCAAACCGCUCAAGAAGAAGGAGGAAGUGGCUGAAAGUGGACCAAGUUGCCUCAACGGUACUUCUGUUGCAACAGCUGGUGAGAACUCAGGACGGGGAAGACAAAGGAGGCAGAGAAAAAGUAGGGCCGACACAACCGCAGAUGCACCACAGGCUGCAGAAAAUGGUAAUAGCAGCAAUUUAGCGGACGGUCAAGGAGGAGCAGGGAGAGGUGGGACCAGAGGAUGGAAGAGGAGGAGGUGGAACAGAGGGAGUGCUGAUGGAGAAACUGAGUUACCGCGCUGUCCGUUUUAUAAGAAAAUUCCAGGCACAAAGUUUACCGUUGACGCCUUCCGGUACGGAGCGAUCGAGGGCAUCACCGCCUACUUCCUGACACAUUUCCACUCAGACCACUAUGGGGGCUUGACCAAGAACUCAACGGUUCCAAUCUACUGUAACAGAAUCACAGGGAACCUGGUGAAGAGCAAACUGAAGGUGGCAGAGCAGUACGUCCACAUCCUCCCCAUGAACACCGAGGUCACCGUGGAGGGAGUCAGGGUCAUCCUCCUGGACGCCAACCAUUGUCCAGGAGCUGCCAUGCUGCUGUUCUUCUUACCCGACGGACAGACAGUCCUCCACACCGGAGACUUCAGAGCUGACCCCUCGAUGGAGACCUACCCUGAGCUACUCGGCCGUAGGGUGCAAACGAUCUACCUGGACACCACCUACUGCAGCCCUGAGUACACCUUCCCCAGACAGCAAGAGGUCAUCAACUAUGCAGCCAGCACAGCCUUCGAGUUGGUGACGCUCAACCCGCGAACACUCGUGGUGUGUGGAUCCUACUCUGUGGGGAAGGAGAAAGUGUUUUUAGCCCUGGCAGAGGUCCUGGGCUCUAAAGUAUGCCUCUCUAGAGACAAAUACAACACGAUGUGCUGUCUGGAGUCGGAGCAAGUCAGAGAACUUAUCACCACCGACUGGAAGGCAGCCCAGGUCCACGUGCUGCCCAUGAUGCAGCUCUCGUUCCAUAAGCUGCAGGAUCACCUGGCACGCUUUUCACAGCAGUAUGAUCAGCUGGUGGCCUUCAAGCCCACAGGAUGGACCUUCAGCCAGCAGGUGGAAUCUGUGGAGGACAUUCAGCCUCAAGUCAGCGGCAACGUCUCCAUCUACGGAAUCCCGUACAGUGAACACAGCAGCUUUCUGGAGUUGAAGCGAUUCGUCCAGUGGCUCCAGCCUCUCAAGAUCAUCCCCACGGUCAACGUGGGCAGCUGGGCCAGCAGGAAGGCCAUGGAGAAGUGUUUCGGGGAGUGGAUCACGGAAGCUAAAGCUAAACUGUAACCUAUUUGCCGGUCGGCUGUAUUUCAAGAACUGCUGCUUACCGAGUAAAGCGAGUUCAUUCACAAGUGCUAUAAGACCUUUGGGAACAAAUGUAUUUUACCACUACUCAUUUUGUUCAUUUUUAUUGAUGGCAAUAACAAACAUGUUGGAACUGAUCUGGAUGCUGUAAUCAUGCCUAUUUUUACCAACAGUACACUGCAAAUGCUGCUCUAGAAACUGUGCAAUUAUCAUUUCAAUGUCUUGUUUUUGUAUAUAAUCAAAAAUUUUAUGCUAAAAGAAAUAAAUGUUUUAAACGUU